GUGAGUGAGAAGGUCCACUUUGUUUUCAAUGUCAGUGCUCGGCCAAAUUCGUAGAACAAAAUUGAAGUGUUGAAAAAUUUGUUAAGUUCGGCCCAAAAAUGUGCAGUGCGUGCUGUAAGUCUUGCAAGGCUCCGCCAGGAUGUUCCCGCUGUCCACCGAUGUGCUGUAGUCCGGGCAUCAGCUAUUGCAUUUUCGAUCUGGAGAGCGCCGUUUUCGACACACGUCAUGUCUAUAGGAGGGCCCUGAUUGAGCUGGCCUCGAGUUACAACAGGAUGGUUCCCGAAGCGGUCCUGAUGCAAUGUGGUCCCAUGGAAACGGCUGAGAUGGCCGAGAUGGUCUGCCGGAAAUGCGAUCUGCCCGUGAGCUGGGAGUCCUUUCGCUUCCAGCUGAAUGAACGAACCUCCGACUUGAUUGCCAAUCCCACCCUGAUGCCCGGAGUAGAGCGGUUGGUCACCCACUUGGGCAGGUGCUGCAUGGGACUGGGCCUGGUCACCUCGUGCUCCGAGUCCAUGUACUGCACUAAGAUCCGGGAUAGGGAGGACUUCUUCGAGAGUUUCUCCUCGGUGAUCUGCGCCGAUGAUGCGGACUUGAAGGCCCCAAAGCCGGAGCCGGAUGUCUAUUUGAUUGCCAUGAGGCGGCUGGGAGACGCCGGACCAGACUGCACCCUGGUUUUCGAUGGCACUCCCAAGGGAGUCCAGGCCGCGACGGACGCCCGACUGCCGGUGGUAAUGUUGGCCGAAAAGGACCUUCCCUGCUGCUGGUCGGAGCUGGCCACUUUGCGUCUGGAAACCCUGGAGGAGUUCGACCCGGAGGAGUUCAAUAUGCCGCCGUACAGCUGCACGGAACCGCCUCCCCGGAAAUCCAAGCCUCCAAGUCGUCGUAGUACCCAAAAAUCCGCGGCAAGUCAGCGGGAUUCCGCUGCCCUGAAGAAAGCUGAUGCGGAUGCCGACGAGGGGGAGGAGGAGGAGGGCGAAGGCCAGGAGGUUGCAUAGUGCAAAUUGUUCCGGAUUUUAUUGUAUUGCAUCUUUGGGAAUAACUGGUUAAUAUGCGUAGAACAUACUGCCACAACUAGUAAAAGUGAUAAGUCAUAA